CUCUAGAGGCUCCCUUCGCCCCCUCACUUAUACCAACCCACUAUGGCUGGUUCCGAUACCGUUACCGAAGCUCUGACGCUCGCCGUGCAAGACGAGGCGCGCGACGCGAAGGCGGAGGUCGACGACCUCGUCAAGCACGACGUGGACUCGACGGACUCGCAGGUGCGCUACCUCGCGUAUGGUGCGCGCCUGAGGACAGCGCUGCGUGCGGGUCAGCGAUACAUUGCAUACACGAGCGAUGUCGGCGAGGCGUUCCGCCCGGUCGUACCGCCAUGGGUGGUGACUGCAGCAUACGGCGUAUCCUGGGCAUAUCUUCUUGGAGAUGUGUCUUACGAGACCUACAAAGCCAGCAAGAAGGGUCCUACGCCAGAUGAAGUUGCCAACUUCUCCGAGCCAGUACGGUUAGGGCUUGCCGCCACGCAACGUGCAACUUUCCAGAGCAUAGCAUCAAUGGGUCUACCUGCCUUGACAAUCCAUACCAUUGUCGCCCAGACGAAGAAGGCAUUCACGAACGUGAAGAACCCGCGCGUGAAAGCAUGGGGACCUACCUUGACGGGUCUUGCCGUUGUCCCGUUGCUUCCGUACCUCUACGACCACCCCGUCGAGACAGCCACAGAGCACGCGUUCAACUGGAUCCGGUCCCAGUGGAUAGGACGGGGUUCAGGCGGGGUGAAGGAGCGGACUGACCUAUAGGGCACUUGAGUAAAUCCUUACUGUAUUUAUCGGCCCGAGAUGGAGUGUAAUGAGUACGCCACUUUCACCAACUUGCGCCGCUAGGGCGUUUCAUGGCUACGUUUAGCAGACGAUAUACUUAGCCUGGUACGCUUUAGGUUCGGCAGAUGACCCUGCGUUCUU